AUGUGGGAGUACUUAUCCCUGGCCGCUGGGCGAGCACUUCCAGAUGCUGGCGCCUGCCGAAGACCUCAGCCAGGUCCUGCCAACACAGGCCCAGCUUGCACCGCGAGAGCCAGAGAGGGCCAGGAUCCGGGAGGGCAGCGACCCCAUCCUGUGCAGUCCCGGAGCCAUGAGGGUGCUCUGCCUCCCGCUACUGCUGUUCCUGCUGUGCCCCAGGCAUGCGCUGGGCCUGCAGUGCUACUCCUGCCAUGGCACCCAGGACAGCGGCCAGUGCCUGCCCACCGAGUGUCCCCAGGGGUUCAUCUGCUUCCAGGCCAUCCUGAGUGCGGCCGAAGGCUACGGCAGUGGACACCCAGUGGAGUUCAGUGGCUGCACUCCGUCCUGUGAGGCCGUUUCUCAGAACUUCCAGAGGAAGACUUGGGGGACUCAUCCUGAGAUCACGGUGGAGGGGCUGGGUCAGCAGACUCCCCCAGGACUGGAGCUGAGGGACGUGAACUGCUGCCUCCAAGACCGCUGCAACAGGCCCCGCCCCGAGAGGCCGCCGUCGGUGGCCCGCGCCCCAGGGCCCCCGGCAGGGCGGCUUCUGCUCAUCCUGGCCCCCGCCCUCCUCUGGGCCCUGCUGUGAGGAUCUCCACACCCCUGGAGCCCUCCUCCAGGAAGCAGGGCACUGUCACAGCCCACCUGGCCGCCCAGGGGAUCAAACGUCACCCCCCCUCCAGCACGCACACUGCACCCGCACACAGCACCGCGGGCCCUGCAAACACGCCCAGCUGCACGGCAAGACCCUGAGGGAAGCCUGCUCAGGCCCUGGCUCCUGCCCACCUGCCCCCAGCACCCACCUGCCCCCAGCACCCACCUGCCCCCCACACCCGGCUCGCAGCCCCUGCCUUCUGCAGACACUGUGGGUGAACCUCCACCCAACAGGCCCAGGCCCUCGGACAGGACACCUGCCUGGAGAAAUAAAUGCUGUCCAGCAAGCCUC